AUGGGCUCAUCACAGGGCAGCGCCCAGAGCAGUGCCACUUCGCAGGGUGCCGACGAUGGCAUGGCCUCCUGCAACACAGGAGUGCACCACUGCUCCUUUCCUAUGUAUGUGGUCAAGGUGUCGGACUUUCUGGACAUGGAGGGUGUUCCUGAACCACACCAGGUAUUGCGGCGGAAGGGUUUACUUCACGAAUGGCAGCCAUCCAUGUUCGUCAUCUUCGUAUCGCACCAGUGGUUGGGCACGGGGUCUCCAGACCCGUCUGGGCAGCAGAUGACUGUGUUGCGGCAUGCUUUACAGUCGUGGAUAGACGGAUCCAUGAAGGUGGACAUAGAUCUCAUGCGCACCUUCGGAGAGCAAGGCUAUUCCACGACUAGCUACGAGCGUGUGGCUACUGGGUAUCUUUUCUUAGACUGGUUUGCCAUUCCACAGCUUACCGAAAGAGCCGAUGGGGUGAAUGACGAUGCCACAAAAUCAGAUACAGCUCGCGCAGUUCAGAGCAUUCCAGCAUAUGUAGAAUCUUGCGAUAUGUUCGUGGCCCUCGUCCCUGACCUUGUUCACAGUGAUACCAGGCUGCAAUGCAACUACAGCACUUGGCUUUCUCGAGGCUGGUGUCGAGCGGAGCUAUG